AUGUUGCCUGCAGGGGCCGCAAAGCUGAUGCUGCAUGUGGGAGAGACCACCAUUGGCGUCCCCUUCAGCCGCGCUCAGGCCGACCAGCUGGAUUCCGCCAUCAAGCAGCUGCUGACAACGUUCGCAGAAAAACAGAAGGCAGAGCGGCCCCGGAGGUGGGAAAUGAUGGAGGUGCGCUUCAAGGGCGACCCAGCAGCUGCCGGCGGCAUAGACCUCCUGGAGGUGUUCUGCAACCCCAACGCGCACGCCACCGCGUUCGAGGCCAAGCUGCUGGUGACGAUCAAGGCCGGUGAUGUCAGCGUGACGACAGAGGGGCGGCUCAGCGCCUUCAAGGCUGACCUGGACAACUACUUGGCCACCGCGCCGUGA